UUUCAUUCAUAAAAUAAUUUCUUGUAAUAAAUUUCCCAGCUCCGAGAAUGGUAGCUGCGUUGAAUGAUUCCGACAGUGAGGACGAGUUGCCACCAGGAUGGGAGGAGAGGACGACGUUGGAUGGAAAUGUUUACUAUGCGAACCACUAUACGAAGGGCACGCAGUGGACGCAUCCUAGAACUGGCCGUAAAAAGAUCGUCAACGGAGAUUUACCACCUGGAUGGGAGAGAUGUGUAGCAGAUGACGGCAAAGUUUUGUACAUUGACCACACAAAUCGUACAACAACCUACACUGAUCCACGAUUAGCGUUUGCUACCGAAUACAGAGAGAUGUCUCAAGUAAUGCGACAAAGAUUUGAUGGAAGUAGCACUGCCUUGGCAGUGUUACAUGGUCGAGAUCUACGCAACAAAGUCGCUCUCGUUACAGGAGCUAAUGCAGGCAUUGGUUAUGAAACAGCUAGAUCAUUAGCUUUACAUGGUUGCGAUGUAGUAUUAGCUUGUAGAGAUAUGGAGAAGGCUAAUGAAGCUAUAAAACGCAUUCAACAAGAAAAGGAGACUGCAAAUUGUGUAGCUUUAAAAAUGGACCUAUCAUCACUGAGUAGCGUGCGAGAAGCUGCCGAAGAAUUCAAAAAGAAAUUCAAAUUUCUUCACUAUCUUAUAUUAAACGCCGGCGUGUUUGGACUACCUUAUACACUCACAAAGGACGGUUACGAGACGACGUUUCAAGUUAAUCACUUGUCGCAAUUUUACCUGACGCUCCUAUUAAAACAGAUUAUACACAGUUCCGACAAGUCUAGGGUCGUAAUAGUUUCCAGUGAAUCACACAGAUUUUCAUCGAUACGGACUCUAGAAGACCUUCACCAAUUAACUCUGUCUCCGCCAGCGUACAAGUAUUGGGCAAUGGGAGCGUACAAUGAAUCAAAACUCUGUAAUGUUCUCUUCGCACAAGAACUAGCACGGCAGUGGCCUUCUGUCAGCGUUUUUGCUUGCCAUCCCGGUAACAUGGUAUCUACAUCCAUAUCGCGUUAUUGGUGGCUAUAUCGAUUGCUGUUCGCUUUAGUACGACCAUUCACGAAAUCAUUGCAACAAGCAGCAAGCACGACUGUAUUUUGCGCUACUGCACCCGAAUUAGAAGGUUUAACCGGUAGUUACUUCAAUAAUUGCUAUCGUUGUCAACCAUCGAAUGUCGGACUGGAUCCUGCAUUAGGCGCGCGAUUGUGGACACUCAGUGAGGAUAUGAUAACAACUGUUUUAAAAAGAGAGAAGGAUAAUUAGGAGAAAAAUAACAUUUAUUACUAUCUUAAGUGAUACGCUAGGCUGAAUCGAUUAAAUUGAAAAAAAA